UCCGCCGUCGCUUGAUGGUGCCUGCCUCCCUCACCUCCGGCUCUGACCUCCCCCCGGUCUUCCUCGCUGUCCAGAUGAUGUACCCAUACCGUAAGCAGAAGAGGAUGGGUUUCUAUCUCAGUGCAGAUAAAAUGAGAAAGAAGUGGCUUGGAAGAAACUUUCUAAAGGAACUGGAGGAGCUGUAGGAAGUGGAGCUGCAGGGAGUCAGCCAUGAUCGCCACCGGAGGCCUCCUGAGGAUCUCAGCCCGGAAACAGGACCCACUGCGGCCUCCGAGCCAGGUGGCCAAGCGCAAGCACAAGGCCAAGAAGAAGCGCAAGAACGAUGUGGUGGUGGUGAAGGGCAAGCUCAAGCUGUGCUCGCUUUCGGGCCUCAUUGCCCUCUGUGGCAUCCUGGUGCUGCUGGUGGGCAUCGCCCUAGCUGUGAUGGGCUACUGGCCCAAAUCGAGCCUGCCUUACCGCCAGGGCAGCUUCGAGGGUGCCAGGGCCCUGCUGCCUCUGGGUAGUGCUGUCAAGAACCACUCCCGGGGGUUAGCAGGCAUACACUCUGACACCGCUGGGGAUGACUCCUCAGGCAGUGCCAGGAGACCCCCACCACCUCAUGACACUGCCUCUUCCUCCUCCUCAGCGGGCUUCCUCCUGCACCUCUUCUCGGGCUACUUGCACUCAGACAAACUCAAGGUGUUGGGCCCACUCAUCAUGGGCGUCGGCAUCUUCCUUUUCAUCUGCGCCAAUGCUGUACUGCAUGAGAACCGUGACAAGAAGACCAAGGUCAUCGACCUGCGGGACCUCUACUCCACCGUCAUUGACGCCCACAGUCUGCGUGCCAAGGAGGUUGCUAGCACUGUUGCUGCCCCACCCACUGCCCCAACACCACUCAAUGGCUUUGUCAGCUACGCAGCACCCCGUGGCGCCUGGCCCCCUGUCCGCCGCCCCUCCAGCCCCGGCCCCCCACCGCCACCACCCAGCCUGGCUGAGGCAGUGUACAGCAUUUCCUGUGAGCCACCGGACAGCAUGGCAGGCUCCCUCGUGGGGUCCACACUGAGCGCCUUCACGCUGCUGCCCCUAGCACAGGGGGAGGGGGACUGGCGGCCGCCAAGGGGUGAGCUUGAACGGAGCCUGACUGACCUCCGUGGCUGCCAGGGGCUGGCACUGGCCCGAGCCGGCUGCCCACCGAGGGUGCUGAGGCGCCAGAGCACCAGCUGCCUGCCUGAUGUCCGGGGAGUGCUAUCGCCCGAGCUCCUGCCCCGCCGCCAGGAACAGGACCGUCUGCCACAGGCUUCUUCCAGCUCCUCCCCGUCCCCCGAGGUGGGGAGCUCCCCUGACCUCAGUCCCCCUGCCAUGCGGGGGGGGUCUCCCCCCUCUGAGCCUUCCAGCAGCAAUAAGGGCUACAGCCACCUGGAGGAGGCAGGCACCUCCUUGGAGUCUCUUGCCAACACCCCAGCCAGUACAAUCCCAGACUCUGAGGGGGACCCCAGUGUGGAGACAGGGCCCCAGGAGGUGCCCAGCCCACCUCAGACUGCUGAGUCCCCUCCACCAACACAAAGACAAUAUACCAACAAAGAGAAACUUUUCAUGAUCUCCAGAUCCCACGCACCUCUAGGACUGGAGGACGGGGAGCUGGAAAGCACUGGCAUUUAAAGGGAGAGAGAAGGCACCAGGACACCCCCCUUCCCUUGAUUAUCCACACCUCCCACUCUCUCCUUGUGGAUGUGGGAAACCCGGUCGAUAGCCAAAGAGCUGCAGUAGGUUAGGCUUGAAUUGCUUUCAAGAAAUUCCUGUAGAGGAGGCCAGGAGAGAGACAGAGAGAAAAAGUGGUGUCUUUUCUGUCCCCUUGUGAUUGUAUGGUCCCUGCAAGCCAAUUUCUAUUAAACAUCCAGCAACCAAUCCAGUAAAUCCUUGGGAAGAAACAAAUACACAUUUUGGACAAAUUAACUGUGCACUUUAUAUACUUUUUAAAAUUAUUAUUAUUAUUAUUAUUAUUAUGAUCAUUGCCAAGUGCCCUCUCCACUCCCUUGGUUCUCUCUGCUGCUGAUGUGCCACUACCUGCUUGGAAACCAUUAGCUCUUUUUCCAGCUCCAGAGCAACAUGGUAGCUAGCUCAGUAAAAGCUAAUCUUUCUGUCUCUCUCUUUUGUUUGUUUGCUUGUUUGAUCACUCCAAAAGUUUGCAGCCUUACCCACCGAUGUAACUUGAAAACAGCCACACUUGUUUAGAUUCUGGAGUAUGAUGACUGAGGAGAGACUGGAGCAGGAAAGAGCUCUGAUAAUCCAAAUUCAACUGUUACAUUCCUAAAUCCAAAAUACCUAUUAAUACAUGACACUUUAUUAAGUAUUAUUACACAUGUAUUGACUAAUAAUAUUAAACAGGUUUUUUUUUAAUAAAAUGUUUACAAAUAAAAAUAUCAUCUUUAAACAGUUUUUCCCUCCCCUGCCUCUCCCUCCAUAAAUGACAAACCAAAGACAAUUUUGGUUUUCCACGUUUUAAAAAUUAGAGACAAGGUUUCAGAACAAAGGUCUGUUUCUGUUCUUCCCAGAGUAACGAUAAUUUAGCAGUAUGCUGAAAAUAUGGAUACUCUGAGCAAACUACUUCAAGCCAGCCAGCCGAUGGUCUCUUUUUAACUUUUCUAGCUACAAUUUUGACAGUUGAAGAAUCUGAGAUUUUGACAUUCUAAAGAGAAAAGUUGAUUGCGGUUUUACCGUCUAAUACAAUUAUAUUUUCCAUGAGUAACAUAUUAGUCUUUAAUGGUAGCCUGUUAUUUCUGACUCUAUUACUUUCUUUUAAAACAGUUGCUUCGAGGCUUUUUUUCUGCAAUUCAGGCUCAAACCUUGCACUUAACUUCAAGCAUAUUAUUCAAAGUAUUAAAUUUCUGAGGGAGAAAUCAUGGCUUCCAUUGAAUUCAAAGGGAUUUUGUCAUGGCUUCUGAUGGGGAAAAGGAUUUUUCCUUGAAUAAGUGAGGAAACGUUUCUGAAUGUCAGAUAAUGGGUGAAUAAAUCAGCAUUUUGAUAAUUGGGAAACAUUUAUUUUUCUUACUUAAGAUAAUGCAAGUGAUUACUUGCUUGACCAUAGAAAGACAUCUAAGUAUUAAGAUAAUUUGCUAUUAUGUGAUAUUAUAUCAAAUAUAUAUUUAAUAUGGAUAGGACAUUUAUUUUGUUAAUGUAGAAUAAUUGAAGUUAAAAUAGAUGUAGAUAAUAAAUUGGCCUUUUUCUGUUAAAGCUUUUAUAAUAGCCUGUUAUUUAAUACCUGUUAAUUAUAUUGGUAUGCAAUUAGAUUACAAUACAUUGUAAUAUUCAACAUACAAACCAUGAGAAUUAAGCAUAAAAUGUAAUCCUGCAAAAAAUGCUUACAGAAUAGAAAAAAUAAUUUAAAAAGAUAUCAAACAACAGACUGCCAUCUUGAGGCUCUAAAGUAUGAGUUCUAGGGAAUGCACUUUUCUUUUUUUUUCCUGCAAUUGCAAGGUACAGGCAGAGUCUCUCUUAUUGUCAGUGCCAAUUAACAAUAUAAUCUUUAUUUAUGCACUGUUCCUUUUAAAACUAUUCUCUAUCAUUGCUUGACCUAAUAGCUUUAAAAUAGCCUCAGUAUGUAGAGUUUUUUAGAAUUCCUACCUGAGCAAUUUUAGUUUUCUAUAGAAAUUUAGGUUACAUGUUUCUUUUUAUAGGUGGGGUGGGAGGGGUAAGUUCAUUUGAGUGACAAAGUUCUUAUUUGAACAUUUACUUUAUUAGUGCCAAAACGUACUUAGUGCAGAUCAAUAAGGAUAACCUAAUCCAUUCCACUGUUAAAAAAAUAAAAUCAGGUAUCCCUUCUUUAGACAUUCUCUUCUCUAAGAGUUUGCCCCCUUUGGCUCUUGGCUUCCUUCCCAAAACUGCACCUAGAUCUCAUCCUUCUACUGACCUUCAAGGCCUAAUUUGAUUUAUUUUGGCUUCUCCCCUACCCUUGUCCUUUUCCAAACCUGCCUCCUCCCAGACUGGACAUCACACUUCUCCUUCCAGCCUCUGCCUCCAGACCUUGCAACCAACUGUUUCUUCCAUGGGCUUUGGCAGUAUGGUCCCAUAAUAUUGCCCAUUUCAUAUUUACCCUGCCUUCUGACUGACCUCAAACUAACAUGACUAACCACCUCUCUCUCUUUCUUACAUACAUUUUGGUAUUUUCAAAAUAUGUGCAUCUCAAAUGCAUCUACUGAACUAGAAAGAGAAAGAGGUCCACAAAGGCCAGUUGUCCCAACUGUUAUAUAAAAAAGUUCUCAGGAAAAAUUUGGUGUCUGCCUAAACUCCUAGGACAGAUCACUCACAAAAGCACAGCCGCUUAGAAUGCAGGCUUUUGUUUUAAAUUAAUCUGCAAGACAGAGAAUAGUUAUUCAGUUACUUAAAUGCGAGGAAGAUUUCAUAGCACUUCAUAUCAUAUCUGUACCUUUUUAACUUCAGAAAGCUUAUGGGUCUGAUAUAAAGAAGAUAACUGCAGGAGGGUAAAUGUAUUGGGGACCAACAUUAACAGCUGAAGUGUAUACAGACAGACAUGAACACUUCAGGUUUUGAAGCCUUAGAUAUUAUGUUUCAGCCUUCAAGAAGAUAUUUAAUACAUAAAUUAAUUUAAUGGAUGAUUUCUUUA